AUGCUGGGAAGAGCUGUUGCCUUCGCUUUCCUCCUCCCCCUCGUUCAUUCCUUCAGCCUGCACGGACUUGGUGCAGUGCCGCGAUCGUUGCCCAGGAAGGGCCAUGAAUGUCGCAACCAUCGCAGCACAGUCUGCCUUGCAGGCUCUCGGGCAUUGUUGCUUCCCAAGCCGUGCAGCUGGUACGCCAUGUCCGGGGGGCAUCACGACAAGAGGAGGAAGGAAGCCAGGAAGUUGAAGAUAGGGGACGUUCCGGCAGGGAGCUCUCGUGUGAGCAGGAGGCAGUCGGCCACAUCGGGAAACCUGCGACUGACUCGGUCGGACAUCGAGUCAGGCCUCGCGAUAUCGGGGACGAGCAGCAAGUUCUUUCGUAAGCUGAUCCCCUUGCGCGACAUCGGCAUCGAAGGGGUGGAGAUCGACAAGAGAGAUGACGGCGAUCUUGAGAUUGACAUCGAAGUCCAGCAAAUGGCUUCGGAAUACUUCCUCAAGGUUCACAUGCAAUCCCAUCUACUCUGCACUUGCAACAGAUGUCUAGAAGAAUUUCAUCUUCCCAUCUCAAGUGAUUUCUCGCUUGUGCUUGCAUCACGGCGGAAGCUCUGUCAGAUCGCGAAGAGAAGGGCAGACGACGUGAGUGAGAUCUCAGAGAACAAAGAUCUGGUCGACGAUUCCAUCAUUGACUUCUCAGCUGGCAUCAACUACAUCGAUCUUGACCCUGAGGUUGGAGAGUCGCUAGGAGGAGCGAUCCCCCUACGAAAGGUCUGUAGUCCAACCUGCAAGGGUCGCUGCGCUACAUGUGGGCAGAACCUCAACCUGCCAGGGAACACAUGCCGAUGUCGCCGUGUGCCACAGGAGGAGAGACAAAGUACAGGCAGUCUCAACAUGGCAAAUCUGCAGAAGCUUGCAUCUCUGCGACGGCAGCUGAAGCAGGAGGAGGACGAGAAGGAGGAGGGCGGAACAUGA